UUUCCUUGCGUAUAAAUACAGUCUCCACUGCCCCCAAGCUGGCACCACCACCCAAGGCAGGAGCGCCGAUUCACUCCGCACAGCCCUCCUCCCCCUGCCCCGGUUGCCAGAUCCAAGGAGCUCCGGAACCUCUCCAAUGGCGGUCAAGGUCUACGUCGUGUACUAUUCCACUUAUGGACACGUUGGUAAACUAGCUGAAGAGAUCAAGAAAGGUGCUUCAUCUGUUGAAGGUGUCGAGGCUAAAAUAUGGCAGGUCCCUGAAACUCUCCCUGAGGAAGUACUUGGAAAGAUGGGCGCACCUCCUAAGCCCGAUGUUCCAAUCAUCACACCAGAAGAACUUGCUGAGGCAGACGGAAUCCUCUUUGGGUUCCCAACAAGGUUUGGCAUGAUGGCAGCGCAAAUGAAGGCAUUCUUCGAUGCAACUGGUGGCCUCUGGAGGGAGCAGAGCCUUGCAGGCAAACCCGCUGGCAUCUUCUUCAGCACCGGAACUCAGGGUGGCGGGCAAGAGACUACACCGCUGACAGCAAUAACCCAAUUGACUCAUCACGGCAUGGUGUUUGUGCCGGUGGGAUACACCUUCGGUGCUAAGCUUUUUGGCAUGGACCAAGUCCAGGGUGGCAGCCCCUACGGUGCCGGCACAUUCGCCGCCGACGGCUCGAGGUGGCCCAGUGAGAUGGAGCUGGAGCACGCCUUCCACCAGGGGAAGUACUUCGCAGGCAUCGCAAAGAAGCUCAAAGGGUCUGCCUGAUCUCCGCCUUUGGCACACAUAUCGUAAAACAGUUACAGCUUUACCAUACCGUCAAUAGCUGUGUUCUGUUCUCUCGUGGUGUCUCGAUGCUAUCUGGCUAUGUGGAACUUCCCUAGCCGUAUGAUACGAUUUUCGUGCUAUGGUGAAUUGGUUGUAAUCUGUAAUUGGAACAUUGUGUUUCUCGUCCCAUAAAUAUUGAUCGCUCAAGUAAACGACAUCCUGGUCGUUCUGC